AUGAAGUUCGCCACCAUCGCCACUAUUGCCGCCGUUGCUGUUGCUGUCAGCGCCCACACCUCCGAGCAGGAGAUCACUUGUGGUAUUAAGGGAUUCACUGGAAAAUCAUACGACGAAUCCAAGGUGUGCUGCGAGUAUUCUGGAAACUGCGGCAAUCUGUCCAAAUGCACGGAGAGUUACUGCAAAGCCUCUAGCAGCUCUGGCAGUGGUAAGAACGAGUACAAGAUCACUUGUGCCGAGAAGCGUGAGCGUAACCCUGACGCAUUGAAGGGUCCCAUCCACAAGAACAAGGAGUGCUGCCAGUGGUCUGGUGAGUGCGGUGACUUGAAGAAGUGCACCCAGUCAUACUGCGAGAAGGAAGCCCACUCGUCAGAUGUUUACAACCGAUCCGACUUCCAGUUUUAA